AAACAAUGAUCACGUGAUCUAAUUUCCUUGGGAUGGGUCAGUAGGCGUGGCUUAGCUUGCAGCAAAUUCUGUGUGCAUGAAGAAAGGAACAUAAAAGGCCGUAAAGAGAGGCUAGUAUUAAGUAGGACCGAUUCUGGCCGGGGAAGAGAGAGACAGAGAUGGGUAAAGGAGAACUGAUAAAGGCAGCAAAAACUGGUGACAUGAGAACUUUGGAAAGACUCCUCAGUCACACUAAACGUUCCUCAGUUAUUGGAAAUAUAAAGAAGAACCUACAUCCAAACAUACAAGAUGAGCUAGGUUACACAUUACUGCAUCAUGCAACUCUCAACAGUCAAAGAGAGACUGUCUCAUUCCUUAUUAGGAACGGAGCUUCAACAACCAUUCCUGAUUCAUCAGGUAGUUUUCCGUUACAUUUGGCAUCUUGGAAAGGAGACAUUGAGAUUGUCAAGUUGCUAACGACACAAGGUCCUUCCAGGGCUAACGUUGACCAGCAGAGCAACUCUGAAGACACUGCUCUUCAUUUAGCAGCUCAAUAUGGCUACUGUGGAGUAGUGGAGUUCCUAUUAGAAAGACACGCUAAUCCAAUGAUGAAGAACAUUAGAGGAGAGACUCCAUUAGAUCUAGCGGCUCAGUUUGGACACAUUGAUACUGUACACAUUCUUAUAUCUCACUGUCCUGAGACCUUGAGACUCUCACGUCCAGAAAUGUCAGCGCUUCAUUUAGCGGCACGUAACGGACACUCUGUCGUAGUACUCUCACUAAUCAAUGCCGGUAUUCCUGUAAAUACAAUGUGCAAAAGUGGCUCUGCAUUACAUGAAGCUGCACUUUGUGGAAAAGAGAAUACUGUUAAACUGCUACUUGACAAAGGUAUAGACAUUAAUAUUAAGAAUGAGGAUGGUCGUACAGUGAUGCAGCUCUUGACUGAUUUUAAUAAUAAGAAAUAUGAUUCUAUCAAGGAGCUUAUUCAGAAGUAUCAGUCAGGAGAAGCCACACCCACUGGUCGAUACAUGAAACCCAUGAGACACAAACUGCUGGCGAUACCAAGGAAAGACUCAAAACCUUCUCAGACUGUCAGUGCAGCAACUGAACUAACACAACUAGUGUAUCAUAAAGAUGAGGCAAUUGUCGUUUGUGGGCGUGUCAGUGCUAAGGUGUACAUUGGGAGGGUCCGAGGAGUAACUGGUGCUUUCCCUCUUAAAGAAACCCGUCUCUAUCAAGAUAUUGAUGGUAAACUGAACCGUGUGUAUCCAAAAGACAUUAUGGAAUCUGAAGACGGCUCGCUACAUGUACUUCAACACCCACUGGUUAAUGAUGUGGAGCAACCACAAGCCAACGAUAAUAAUGAUUCGUCAAGAUUAAGUGUCCCAGGUGCAAAGGGACGAAGUGCUAGUCUUUUAUCGACCAGCGAUGAGAAAAAGAGAAAGUCUCGUCUAACGGACAAAGAGAAGCGGUUUAUUCUCUCGAAUGAUAAAGGAGACUACUCUCAACUGGCUCCAGUAUCAGCUCCAUCAACUUCGACAGCUGAUGUCCGUAAACUGACAGUCUCUCCGCCUCCUAAGGAUUCCAACGGAAAGGAUUACAUUGGGUCUUAUUAUUUGUUGGAGGUUGGGAACUUUGAGGAAGGAGAAGGCGGAGCUAGAGAGAGAGCAGACAUACCUCCUCCUCCUGCCCACGCCCCUCCCCGCCCAUCAGUGAUGGAUCGUAAAGAAGGGGCUACCCCUCAGUAUGAGAAUGUUAAGUUGAGGUCUUUCUCAUCAGUUGCUGAACUUGAGAAACCUCGUUCAACAUCUGACGGGUCUCUCCUCCGUCCUCCGGCAGACGGAGCUGGUGAGCCACCUCUUCUUCCUCAUAAACGCUCAAAGUCUUUUCAAGUUUCGUAUGAGAACGUCACAUUUAAACAAGUCCCGCCUACUCACGGCAACGAAGGUACAACCUCUCCAAUAACCAUUCCAUCCCUCCCUGGCGAUUAUAACAAUGACACGAUGAGCCGACGUCCGCCAAUGCCACUCCCUUCUCCUACACCUGUUGAAAAUUGCGACGAUGUUGCGAUGGCAACUGUUUGCGGUGGUAAAUUUGAAAUAAAGGAGGGAGAUGAGGAUGUCAUGGUAUCCUUAAUGAAUCCAAACUACUCAAAAGUAUUGUUUCAGAGAGGAGGAGGAGGAGGAGGAGGAGGGAGGGGUCAGUAUGAGGAUAUUUCUUUUCGGGAUACAGUAGUGGAGAGGAGAGAAGAGAGACUGACUUCACCUGGUCUGUGGAUAAUACCUAGUGAUAAUAAUCCGUUUGCUGGUCUAGUGGAGAGUGGGUCGGUGGUCGAAGGAUUAUCUGACGAUUUAUUUGAUAGUUUUGAUGACUUGCCACCUGGUAGGAGUAGAUUGAAAUCAGUUUGGGAUGACAGACGAGUUAAACAAGAAUGGAAUCAAAUUGAUGAUGUAUUGAAGGAUAUGGCCACUGGAAUUAGUGAAGUACCUGUUGAAACCACACCCAGUUCAAACCCCGCCCACAGUCAUCAAAUUGCUUCAGAAGAGAAAACUAACGUGUUCCUGUGGUUGAGCAUGUUAGGAUUACAAGGAUACACUAACACUUUUGAGGCUAGUGGGUACGAUGACGUCAAGUUUAUGGGAGGCGGUCUCCUUGAUGUAGAGGAUAUAAAGCAGAUGGGAAUUUAUGAGAACGACCAGGGUACAAUAAUGAUCAAAGUGUCAAUACUGGCCCCGCCCCCUCGUUUAAUUAAAGCUGAUAGUGUGGAGGAGUGGCUUGAGUUCCUUCAGCUCUCAUACCUUAAAGAUUAUUUUGAUGGAUAUUCACUUAAAAAAAUAGCAUCACUCUGGGAGCUGGAACUAAAUACGAUAUUUAGUGUUGAUCUCCCAUUGGGUCACAGAAAGAGGUUACUGUAUGGUAUUAGUGAAUUAAAGAGGAUUAAUCCUGACUGGACUUUCCCUCCCUCCUCCACUCUCUUGCCCUCUAAUCCUGCUCCUGGGAGUCCUUUUCUACGCGUCAAUUUUGCUCGGGAUUACACUAAGAUCCAAUCCUUAAAACCACACCCAUCAAAGACGGACCAGCUAGAGUUGUUUGAUGAUCAUUCACAAGUGAACUGGACGUCAUCGAAAUUACAAAAAACAACAACAGCUACUCCUACUAAUCACACCUCCUCCAGCCGCACUCACUCUGAUCCCACCCCUUUAGAUACUCCAGUCCGUGGGAGUGAAUGUGCAGCUGCUGAUUCUCCUACUGAUGAUACUGAUCAGGCUCUUCACAAUGCCCCUCCUCCUAACCACGCCUCUUUUGAUAUCCCUCCUGCUCAAGUCAAGAACUACAGGACUUUAUAUUUAGGCAGUGCUUUGGUUCGAGGUACUACUGGUAGAUAUUCGGCUGAAGAAGCUUGUCUUAAGCUAAGAACACAGACGGACAGCAUAGCAAAGAUACCUCAGAUCAUAUUAUCAAUAUCGUGGAAAGGAGUUAAAUUUGUUAAUGCAGACACUAAAAUUGUAGUGAGUACACAUUUGAUAAGAGAUAUCUCUCACUGUUGUCCUGACAUUGAGGACCCAAGAGUGUUUGCUUACAUUACUAAAGAUAAGGAAACCGAUUGUAGCUAUUGCCAUGUUUUUAUGGUCGAGAGCAAAGAAAUAGCAGACGAGAUUAUACUGACUGUUGGUCAAGCAUUUGAAGUUGCCUAUCAAGCAGUCGUGAGAGCAAGAUCAAAGUAUAAAACAUCAAAUCCUGAGAUGACAAAGAAGGUUUCAAAGACUUCAGUUUUAAAACGCUCCUUUCGUAAGUUGAGCGGCAGCAAGAAGUCCUCCUCGCAAGAUAAUGAAAUAAGUUGAACUUUCCGUAAUCAUUGUUGUUGUUAUUUUCAUUAUUUUUAUGGUUUUUUUCAUGUUUUGACUGACAAUGUUUAAAAUAUAUUUAUUACAUUAACAGUCUUAGCAGACCCUGC